AUGUCGGACCCAGCGGUGGAGGCGAGCGACCCCGCCGGGAAGCGACCGGACUCCUUGGACCUGUUGGAACGUUGCGGCGUCUGCCGGGAGCGGCUGAGGGCCGAGCGGGAACCGCGGCUGCUGCCCUGCCUCCACUCGGUCUGCCGGGAGUGCCUGCGGGCCGCACCGGGCCCUGCCGCCGCCCCGGCGCCGGAUGGCCCAGUGGUCGACUGCCCCAUCUGCAAACACCAGUGUCACCUGAAGGAUGUCGUGGAGAACUACUUCUUGAGGGACAGCGGGGCCGAGGCGGCUGCCACCAGCCAGGGGUCUAGUCAGUGCUGCACCAGCUGCGAGGACAACGCGCUGGCCACCAGCUACUGCGUGGAGUGCUCGGAGCCGCUCUGCGAGACCUGUGUGGAAGCCCACCAGCGGGUCAAGUACACCAAGGACCACACAGUCCGGGCCACAGGCAGCGGCAAGGCGAAGGAGGGGGAGCGCGCCGUGUACUGCUCCGUGCACAAGCAGGAGCCGCUGGUGCUUUUCUGCGACACGUGCGACACGCUCACCUGCCGUGACUGCCAGCUCAACGCGCACAAGGACCACCAGUACCAGUUCCUGGAGGACGCGGUGAGGAACCAGCGCAAGAUGCUGGCGACGCUGGUGAAGCGCCUGGGCGACAAACACGCCAGCCUGCAGCGCUCCACCAAGGAAGUGCGCAGCUUUAUCCGCCAGGUGACGGAUGUGCAGAAGCGGGUGCAAGUGGAUGUGAAGAUGGCCAUUCUCCAGAUCAUGAAGGAGCUCAACAAACGCGGCAAGGUGCUGGUGAGCGAUGCCCAGAGGGUGACGGAAGGGCAGCAGGAGAAGCUGGAGCGGCAGCACUGGGCCAUGACCAAGCUGCAGCGGCACCAGGAGCACAUCCUCCGCUUCGCCUCCUGGGCCCUGGAGAGUGACAACAGCACAGCUCUGCUGCUCUCCAAGAAGCUGAUCAACUUCCAGCUCCACCGCGCCCUCAAGAUGAUCGUGGACCCCGUGGAGCCGCAGGGUGACAUGAAGUUCCAGUGGGACCUCAACGCCUGGACCAAGAGCGCCGAGAGCUUUGGCACCAUCAUCUCGGAGCGGAGCCUCCCCCCACCAUCCCUCAGCCCCCAGCCGCCGGCUGCCAGCCCUUGUGGCCCCAGCCCCGCCGCGGGUGCCUCACAGGGCCCCCUGCAAGCCACGGUGGUGAGCAAAGGGCAAUAUGCUCCCAGUCCCCUCCUGCAGUCCCCCAUGGGACCCCAAAUCAGGGCUGAGGAGGUGCAGGGGACCCCCGGCAGCCCACAGAGCAGUGGUGGGGAGCUGGGGAUGCCCACCCUGCCUCAGUUUCCCCUGGGGGCUGAGGGACUGGGCUGCCCCGACCUGUCCCCCCCACACCUUUACCCGCAGACGGCUGAGAGCCCCGGGGAUGCAGCUGCGGGCACUGAGCUCGCAGCCAAUGGCCCCCCUGAAGCCGUUGUCCCAGGAGUGAAGAGGAGAGAACACGUUAAUCCUCCCGGGGAGGAGGAGAAGUUCGUUAAGAAGCUGCUUGUUAAGCGGAGCCGCCCCCCCGGGGGCUCGGUAAGCACCCUUCUCCGCAAGGUGCCGCGGGUCAGCCUGGAGCGGCUGGACCUGGAUCUGUCCGGGGCGACGCAGCCCCCCGUCUUCCGCGUCUUCCCCGGCACCUCGGCUGAAGACUUCAGCCUCAUUGUCAUCGAGCGGGGGGCGCAACCGCGGCUCCCCGUCCCCCUCGCCAUCAAGGAGGAGCAGCAGGAGGCGGCCAUUGGGGACACCCAGGACACCAAGCCGGUGGGGCUGCUUCCCGAGCACCCCGGGGUGCCAGGACCCCCCGGACCCUCGUUGGGGCUGGGGUCUGCCCCCCCGGGAGCCCCCCCCGCCCCUGGGGUCUCCUGUUGCCGCAUCUGCUGCCAGGCCGGUGCUGUGGUGAUGUGUGACCGCUGCGAGCGCUGCUACCAUCUCGACUGUCACCUCCCUGCCCUCCAGGAGAUCCCCAGCCCCGAGUGGAGGUGUCUGCUGUGCCAGGACCUGCCAGCCCCCAGCGAGAACCUCGCCCACGGUUUUGAGGAGGGGCCGCCCCACAAACUCUGCCCCCUGGACCAGCGGAAAUGUGAGUACGUGCUGCUGGAGCUGCUCUGCCACGAGCCCUGCCGGCCCCUCCACCGCCUCUCCAGCUCCCCGGGUGGCCACGACGCCAUCGACCUGACCCUCAUCCGCGCCAAGCUGCAGGAGAAGCUCACCCCCCACUACCGCUGCCCCGAGGAGUUCGCUCGCGACGUCUGGAGGAUGAUCCGGCAGUUCAACCGCCUCACCGAGGACAAGGCGGACGUUCAGUCCAUCCUGGGCCUGCAGCGGUUCUUCGAGGCCCGGCUCAGCGCCGCCUUCGGCGACCGCAAGUUCUCCUCCGCCCUCCUCGAGCCCAUCAUCCCUCUGGAUGAGGCCGAAGGCUCCCCGGCCCCCCCGGGGCCCUGAUGCCCUCCCUCGGGGGGAGGAGAGCGGGGCUGGAUCCUCCCCCGGUGACCCUAAGGACUGUGAGGAGGGACAGGGUGGUGUCCCCGUUCCCCCCUCACCCCCCACAGCGGCUGUCCCCGUCCCCCCCGUGGGGGUGUCCCCGUCUGUGGCAAUCGGAGAAAUAAAGCCAU